AUGGCUUCAGCUACACGGUCAUUGGGACGGUCUUCUCGGCUCCUGUCCCAACGGGGCUCAGGAUGGAUCUCUACUCGCCAAUUCUCGGUUUCCCCAUACAGAUUUGUCUCCGAAGACCCGGUUCCUCCUCCUCCGCCGAAAGACUUGCAACCCGCUGACUUGCCGCCAAUGCCCGAGUACUCCCCUGACCUUCUUUCCAAGGAAGCCCGCUCUAUGUAUGAUAUGAUGUCUCCGGAAGAGCGCGCGGCUUUCGACGCCGAGAACCGCCGCAUUGUUGCCGACUUCAACGAUGUUUCCAAGCGUACCGCGGUGUUUGCGGAGCUCGAGAAGAUGUCAAACCAGAUCGACAGGGAGGAGGACAUGCGAUUCGAGGAUAUCCGAACCAAGUCCCGUGGCUUUUGGGCCGAGGAUGAAGACGACGAGUUGGCCCUUGUUGAAGACGGUGACGAGGAAAUCAACGACGAUGAAAUUACCUCCAUGGCCCAUGCCUCUAUGGAGGUGCACCGUGAGAUGAGAGAGUACGCUCGCAUUGCGGCCUGGGAUAUGCCAAUGCUUAGCAAACUCGCAAGCCCCUUCACCUUGCCCCCCCAAAAUCACAUUCUCCGCUUCCGUUACACUACCUACAUGGGUGAACAGCACCCCGCCGAACCGAAGGUCGUCGUGGAGCUUGCCUCUAAGGACCUGACACCCAAGCACUUGACCGAAGCCCAGCGCCAAACGUUCCUCAAGCUGGUCGGCACCCGCUACAACCCUCAGACCGAUAUUGUGCGCAUGUCAUCCGAACAAUUCGGCUCACGCGCGCAGAACAAGCGUUACCUUGCGGAUCUCGUAAACUCCCUCAUUAAAGAGGCCAAGACCGGUGAUUCCUUUGCCGAUAUCCCUCUUGACCUUCGUCAUCACAAGCCAAAGAUCCGCCCCCAGUUCCCUGACUCCUGGAAAAUGACCGACGAGCGCCGAAGACAGCUCGCUGCUCGACGUGAGGAGCGCUACAAUGCCGAGAAGCAGCGUGAGGCUAUUGUGGAUGGUAACCAGAUCGUUGGACAUGCUGUCCUUUCCCUUCCUGAAUUCAACCCCGCGCUGAAGGCUAAGGCUACGGCAGAGCGGGAGCGUGUUGCUGUUCACGUUGGGAGUCGUGCAAAGAAGCCGGUCCGUCGGUGA